AUACACAGUAAUAUCUUUUAAUAAAUAUUGCACGGACGGAACAAGAUGAUAACAUUGGUAGUGACAAUCGUAACAUUUAUUGCACUGUAUUUAUAUAAUACAAGGACAUUCAAAUAUUGGGAAAAGAAAGGCGUUAAACAUGACAAACCCGUGGCUUUCUUUGGAAAUAACAAAGACGGUGUCUUAUUACGUAAAAGUAAAGUUCAAAUUACGGAAGAAUUGUAUAAUAAAUAUCCCGAUGAGAAGGUGGUUGGAUUCUUCAGAGGAACGAGACCGGAGUUGAUAAUCAGAGAUCCGAAGCUGGUGAAACGUGUUCUUGUAAGUGAUUUUGGAUCGUUUUAUAACCGCGGAUUUGUUCCCAACAAGGAUGUAAUCGAACCGGUUCUACGUAAUUUGUUUUCGGCAGAGGGUGACUUGUGGAAGAUGUUGAGAAUACGAAUGAGUCCAACGUUCACAAGCGGCAAAUUAAAAGUCAUGUUCCCUUUAAUCGUGGAGCGAGCAGAGAAACUACAGUCACGAAUUUUUAAACUUGCAUCCAACGAAAAUAGUAUUGAUGUAAAAGAAUUGAUAGCGAGAUACGCAACUGAUUUCAUCGGUUCUUGCGGCUUCGGCUUGGAUUCUGAUAGUCUGAAUGAUGAAAAUUCCGAUUUCCGAAAACUUGGCCGUAAAAUAUUUGCACCCGGUCCAAUUGAUGCUGUAGUUGCAGUGCUGAAAGACAUGUUUCCGGUUCUGUGUAAAGAUCUAAAGUUUUUCUACAGACUUGAAGCGGAAGCAAAAGAAUUGGCCCAAAAUAUACAAAAGGCGAGAAAUUAUCAACCAAUCGGAAGAAAUGACUACGUAGAUAUGAUGCUGGCGAUAAAAAAUCAAGGUAAUGUAGAAAUAGAAUCAAUUGAAAAGACGAAACCAGACGGGAAACCAGAGUUAGUCUCGAUACAGUUCGACGAUGAUAUUUUUAUGGCACAGCUUAUGGUAUUCUUUGCGGCGGGAUUUGAAACAUCGUCAUCUUCUUCCGCCAUGACAUUACAUUUAUUGGCUUAUCAUCCGGAAGAACAAGCAAAAGUUCAAGAGGAUAUUGACAGAGUUUUAGUUAAAUAUAAUAAUAAACUCUCCUUUGAUGCUGUCAAAGAAAUGACAUACUUAGAAAUGGCAUUUAAAGAAUCAAUGAGAAUAUUUCCACCGCUGGGUUAUGUAUCAAGACGGUGCUCUAAAAAUUAUACUUUUGAAGAUCUUGGCUUUACGAUCGAUGAAGGAAUCAACGUUAUGAUUCCAAUUCAAGGUCUGCAUAUGGAUCCUAAGUAUUGGGACAACCCUGAAGAGUAUCGGCCAGAAAGGUUUCAUCCAGAUAAUGAACAUAAAGACAUAUAUUUACCAUUUGGAAACGGUCCGCGGAAUUGCGUUGGAAGCCGUCUAGGUCUCAUGCAAGCUAUGACCGGACUAGCAGCCGUAUUAUCUAAGUUUACAGUGAAGCCUGCUCCGGAGUCCAGGCUGCGGCCAAUCUUGGACCCCAAGUCUGAAAUAGCCCAGGGCAUAGUCGGAGGCCUACCCUUGAUUUUUUACGAAAGAAAUCCUAGAACUUAAAUGUGUUCAUUUAUAAUAAGGUAUACAUUUUUCUGUGUAUGCAUGGCUGUGUAUUGGCCGGCAUAUUUAUUGUUAUGGUUUUAGCAUAAACUAAAUAUACUACAAGCUUUUCCCACAGCUUAACUUGCUUUUUCAUCCCCUAUUCCACCCCUUUAAGGGUGAACUAUUCAAAUAAUUUUUUUUUUCUAACCAACAACCUAAACUUAACAUUUUACGUGUCUAACUUCUAAAUAAACGAAAUACAUAUAAAUUUUCAACCCCCAUUUUACCCUUUAAAGGUUAAAUUUUCAAAUUCCUUAUUUAUUUUUCACCUACGCUAUACUAAGAAGCAAUCUGCAAAUUUUCAACAUUCUAAAUAUAUUUACAUUAUUACAUGUAUAUGCAUAUAUAUUAAGAAAUAAUAGAAUUUUCAUCGUGUCUCCGAUCAACCUAUUUAUAAUUACUCCUCUCCAUCCAAAGGUUGCCUAAAAGAGAUCGUUCUUAGUGAUAAGGUCGCCCAUUGUUUUCUCACUGUGAUUAUUUCUUGUAAUUGUUUGUAUUUUAUAAUAAGUUUACUAUUGUAAUCUUUUGGAGGAAACAAUAAAGAGUAUCUAUCUAUCUAAAGUCUACGAUUUCGUCUGUGCAUCGAUAUGGGUCAGUCGGUCAAUAAAGAUCCUCGAACCGAAAA